CCCGUGUUUGUGAUAUUGUGCAGCAAACUAUCCACUUAGUUAAUGUUUCCGCUCCUUGUGACUUUUUCCUUUGCAUUUGAGGACAAAUACCGGAAGUGUCUCGUAGAUAACUGUUAGCAAUUGUCGCAGACCGUUAGCUAUAACCUUAGCUAAUCCGGAGACGGGAUGUAAAUUUAUCCAGACGGGACCAGCCCCAGUAGCCGGUAUCAGCAGUCAGUCACUCCCUUGUGUGGUGCUUCUGAAAUAACCCUGUGCCGACUUAUGUGAAAUUGCUUUACCUGGCAUGGUGUUUUAUAUAUAAUACAUAUUAGCCACGGAGUGCUGAAAUUAAUCUUCCGAGCACCAGUUUGAGUUAACUGGGAAGUGUGGAGGGGAUAUGACUGACUCAUCAUCAUGGCACGGACAGAGGAGAUAACCCCAACCGUUCUGUCUGCUGCAGUGCCAACCCGGCAGCCGCACAACUAGCCAGACAGCUAAGUUACUCACACACUAAACCGUUUUGAUUAAACCUCUGACCCCCUAUCGCAGCGGCAUUAUGAACGCCCCUAUGUACACCUUUGUUUCCCGUGACGACAACAGUACUGUUUAUGCUGAAGUUUCCAAAAUCCUCCUCUCAACCGGGCAAUGGAAGAGGCUGAAAAGAGACAAUCCCAGAUUCAACUUGAUGCUGGGUGAGCGGAACAGAUUACCCUUUGGGCGUUUAGGCCAUGAACCCGGACUGAUGCAGCUGGUGAAUUACUACAGGGGGGCAGACAAGCUUUGCAGAAAGGCAUCCUUGGUCAAGCUAAUAAAGACCAGCCCAGAGCUGUCUGACUCCAGUAACUGGUUUCCAGAGUCCUACAUCAUCUAUCCCACUAACCUCAACACACCUGUUGCUCCUGCUAUGAAUGGCAUCAGCCAUCUGAAGAGCAAUCCGAAGACAGAUGAGCGGGAAGUUUUCUUGGCCUCCUACAACGCUAAGAAAGAAAGAGCAGAGGGUACAGUGUGGAUAGCCAAGUCCUCUGCUGGAGCUAAAGGUGCUGGUAUUUUGAUAUCCCACGAUGCUAAUGAGUUGCUGGACUAUAUUGACAAUCAGGGACAGGUUCAUGUUAUUCAGAAGUACUUGGAGAAGCCUCUGCUUCUUGAGCCGGGACAUCGGAAAUUUGACAUUAGGAGCUGGGUGCUAGUGGACCAUCAGUAUAACAUCUACUUAUACCGCGAGGGCGUGCUGCGGACCUCCUCGGAGCCCUACAACAGCUCAGACCUGCAGGACAUGACCAGCCACCUGACUAACCACUGCAUCCAGAAAGAGCACUCCCAGAACUACGGCCGAUACGAGGAGGGGAACGAGAUGUUCUUCGACGAGUUCAGGCUGUACCUGCUGAACACUCACAACGUCACGCUGGAGACCACCAUAUUACCUCAGAUAAAGCAGACCAUAAAGAGCUGUUUGACAUGCAUCGAGUCCGCAAUCAGCACCAAGCACCUGUCCUACCAGAGCUUCCAGCUUUUUGGAUUUGAUUUCAUGGUGGACGAGAACUUCAAAGUGUGGCUCAUUGAAAUCAACGGCGCUCCAGCCUGUGCACAGAAACUAUAUCCAGAGUUAUGUCAAGGCAUUGUGGACGUGGCCAUUUCCAGUGUCUUCACCCUAAACAGCGGCGACUCCUCAUCUGCGUCCUCUUCUCCUUACUCGUCCUCCCCAUCUUCCUCCUCCCUGUUCACCACCAACUCCUGUUCCUCUCCCAAACUGAGAGCACCUCUCCACGUGGGUCCUUUCACUCGCCUGUAAGCACAAAUAUGCCCCCUCCCUUUUUCUUCUGUGCUAGAAGCUUCUUCCAUCCCCCCCAUCCUCAUUGGUCGCACGUGCCGCCUCUCUGCACCCUGAGAUGCUGCACAUGCGAGCAAGCUGCCGAGCCGCUCCUUCGUACUUUUGCACACGUUGGCCCAAGGGAGACUUUCUCUUUAGGGACUUCUCUGAACUGCAGGAAAGAUCCGUGCGCUCCUGAUUAUGCAUAUUUUGAAUGCGAGGAUGGCAAUGAACUGGUCAGUAAAUGUUCUCAGAGUUUCUGAACGAUGACGGGCAUCCCCAAGCAGAUUGGUCGAAGUGAUGAAAGUCGCAGAGACGCUCCAACUGAGACUGUAGUGCCUUACAUUUCCAACCACUCUCCCUUAAAAGAAAGCCUGCCAGUUAGCUUGCUCUGUUACAGUAACCUGUACUCGUUCUUUAAGCUUUUGCACUGUUGCUCACUGAAGUCAUGUUAAGUCCACAAGAAAAUAGCAUAAAACAAGGCAUUUGACAUUUU